UUAAAAUCACAUGACAUAACUGACUUGUCACAUGAUAAAAACAUGGCAACCUCCAUAACAAUGUUUUCUGCUUUCUUGAUUUUGUUGUCAGUUGCAUGCAUAAAUGGAUUUUCUGAUGACCCCGUCAAUCCACCUGCGUUUGUUGUUAAUCUUGAUCUACCUGAAGAACAAAGAUGGACAGAAGUGGCUCUGAAAUACAAACAACUUGUACCAGAUAUUUACGCUAUAAUGAAACAAUUUCUACCCGAUCCAAAAAUCAGUUUACCACUCAUCAGAAAAAUAGCUGCUGAUGUCGACAGUUAUCUAGCGAAACCGUAUGCUGGUGAAAUGAGAGGUAUUGCCAAAACACUGAACAUGAGCCUUGGGGAUGUGGUAACAUGCAAUUUGUUGUAUGAUAUUUCUGCGUUUUGUACUAGUAUAGUCAUGCAGGAUGCUAAUGGUACUAUAUGGCAUGCCAGAAACCUAGACUACAGUUUUACUGAGAUACUGAGAAAUAUUUCGAUCAGAGUAGAUUACCAGAAAGGAGGAAAGACAGCCUAUACAGGGAUUACUUAUGCAGGCUAUGUUGGGCUUGUAACUGGUCAAAGACCAAAUGCAUUUACUAUGACAAUGGAUGAAAGAGACCAAGGAGCAUGGUGGAUGAAUAUCUUAAUCGCAAUUCUAGACAGAAAUGCAAGCCCUGUCAGUUUUCUUCUGAGAGAUACAUUAGCAAUGUCUGAAAAUUUCACAGCUGCACUUGAAAAAGUUGCCUACACAACAACAGCUGCUUCGUUUUACACGAUUAUGGGAGGAGUUCGAGUAGGAGAAGGGGCAGUCAUAACUAAGGGGAGGGUCGGUCCAAUAGAUAUAUGGAAACUGGAUGCCAAGUCAGGAAGAUGGUAUGAAGUUGAAACCAAUUAUGACCACUGGGCACCACCUCCAGCCGAUGAUGACAGAAGAGAUCCUGCAAUAAAAGCAAUGAAUUCCAUGGGUCAGAAAAGUAUAUCAAAGAAGUCACUUUUCAACGUGAUGUCGACACCUCCUGUUAUGAAUAACAAAACAACUUAUACGGUUGUUAUGUCAGCAGCACAGCCAGAAAUAAUGGAAGCCUGGAUUAGAAAUCCAUAGAGAUGUCACUACCUAGAUAUGUCUGAUGAACAAUCUGUGAUAGAAACAUAUACUCAUUGGUUGUAUGUUAAUCUGUAUUAAAUCACAUAAUAUGAUAAUUCAUGUGGUCUCGAUAGGAUUUACAGAAUAAAGAAUAAAGGACAAAAUAAAAAUAAAUAAUUUAAAAAAAAAAAGAUAAGAGGAAAAAAUGCUUAGAAAAUAAAGAAAAUAAAAUUAAGACCCAAUCCAGAGCCUCAAUCAUGACAAGUGUUAAAUUGAAUAAAAAUCAGUUUUGAAUUUAUUAACUUUUUUGACAUUUUCAAAGCGAUAUCGAUUCAACAUGCAUGUUUUCUAGCUGUUUGUUAAUAUGAUUAACCAUGGUUUUCAAUGAUGCAGAAAUUCAUGUACUUUUAUUUAUAAUAAAACAGCAAUAUCA